CUAUGAACGUAAUUCUGAUUCGUUCGCAAUGAGUCAGUCUCAGACAGUGUUCACGGUGAGACGUGUGUUGUGGUGCUUACCCGACGGACUCGCUUAAAAGUUAUUUUCGUCCAGAGUGGUGUCAGUGCUGGUGUAGACCCGAAGGACCAGGAAUGUGCGCUAAUUUUAUGAAUGUGAACUGAUGAGGUCUCUCCCACUGUCAUAAAGUGUUUUCGCAGGUUGGAUGAUUAAAACUACGUUUUGUUUUGGGAAGUACACCAAAAACCUUUCGAUUUUGGACCCGAACCUCUGGGAUAACAACGGAUAAGAAAUUAGAAGGGGCCAAAAGGAGUAAGGACUACUUGCAUAGCGACCGAGAUCUUUGAGAACAGGAAACUGCAAGAGGAGUGGAAGAUCUGGAAGAUGUAAAUCAGGGCCACGAUGGGCCUCUUUAGCAAUGCCACCUCAUUCCAAGGACAAAAGUAUUCCAAGCUCAGGAAGGAGUGCAUCAACAGAGGAGAGAAGUUCAGCGACCCAAAGUUUCCCCCUCAUGAUUCGACCUUAUUCUUCUCGAAACAGCCGCCAGGCGUCGUCACUUGGAAAAGGCCGCACGAGAUAGUAGACAACCCAAGGCUGUUUGUAGAAGGAGUUAGUGCAAAUGAUGUCACUCAAGGGCAGCUAGGUAAUUGCUGGUUUGUUGCAGCAUGUGCCACGCUGACUGGUGUGAAAGAACUAUGGCAUAGGGUUAUACCGGACUACAAAGAUCAAGAAUAUGGAGAUUUGCACCCUGGCAUCUUCCACUUUCGUUUCUGGAGAUUUGGGGAAUGGGUGGAUGUUGUGAUUGACGAUCUACUGCCAACGAUAGAGGGCCAGUUGUUGUUUACCCACUCGAGAGAAAAAGGGGAGUUUUGGUGCGCCUUAUUAGAAAAGGCAUAUGCCAAAUUGCAUGGGUCGUAUGAAGCCUUAGAGGGAGGAAACCUCAGUGACGCACUUGUUGAUUUGACAUCGGGUGUCUCAGCUCAUCUGGAUCUGACUGUUGGCGGGUACACGGAUGACUUUGAAAAAAGAAAACAGCUUUUUAAGAUGAUGGCCAAAGAGAUGAAUGAGCAUGCUCUAAUGUGCUGCGCCAUCACAACCGGAGAAGUCUUCAAUUCGCCUCACAGUCAUGAAGAAGCUGAGAUGAGAACUAAUGUUGGAUUAGUUAAGGGCCAUGCUUAUGGAAUCACAGCAUGUCGGAAGAUUAACAUUGGUGAAACUGGACUUUUUUCCAUAUUCAGAGGUGCUCAAAAGAUACGCAUGAUUCGUCUAAAAAACCCAUGGGGUGAAAAGGAGUGGAAUGGAGCAUUUAGUGAUGGUAGGAAGGGAAGUGGAUUUGUGUAUACUACCUCGCAACUGACCAAAAUGUACUCCAGGUCACCAGAAUGGUCAAAAGUUUCAGCAUCUGAGAGAGAGAAGUUAGGACUUACUUUUGAAGAUGAUGGUGAAUUUUGGAUGACCUUUGAUGACUUUGUUGAACAUUUCACGGAUCUCUCCAUAUGCUUCCUUAUCAACACCAAAGUAUUUAGUCUUACCAAGACAUGGCAUGAGACUACAUUUUAUGGGGCCUGGACUAUAGGCAUACGUGGACAUAAUGCUGAUAGAGCCGGUGGCUGUACGAAUCACAAAGAAACUUUUUUACGGAAUCCUCAGUACAGGUUUGAUAUCAAGGAUGAUAAUGACGAUGUUAUAUUCCAGCUAAUGCAGAAAGAUGCUAGAGGUCAGAAACAAGAGGGCAUGCAGAAUUUAGUUAUUGGUUUCCAUAUCAUGAAGAUAGAAGAAAACCGAAAAUAUAGAGUGCAUCGGAUGCAUGAUGCUGCUGCUACUUCAGAUUACAUUCGAACAAGAGCCAUUUUUCUUCGGGAGCAGUUGAAAAAAGGACGUUAUGUAAUAAUUCCAACUACAUUUAGGCCUGACGAAACUGGAGAAUAUAUCUUAAGAAUGUUUACAUCCAAAGACCCUGAUGCAAAGGAACUGGUUAAAGAUCAACCAAAAAUUCCAUGGUAUUCUUGCGCAAAGAAACCCUCUAUUGUAACGACCAUUACUGUCAAAUGUGGUCAAAAUCUUGAGAAGCAAUCUGCCUUUGGUGGACGCACCCACGUAAGAGAGGCAGAUGCAUAUUGCAUCAUCAAAUGUGAAGGAGAAACUGUCCGAACUUUUGUCGAUAAAGGGACUGCGAACCCUACUUGGGAUACCACCGCUAUUUUUUAUAGAAAAAAGCCUCAAGAGCCUAUUGUUGUUGAAAUCUGGAAUAGCAAUAUGUUAAUGGAUGGUUUCAUCGGCCGAUGUGAGAUUUUAGCACCAAUCAAUCCCGCUGUUACUCAGGUUGAACUUCCAAUAUAUGGACGAAGAAAAGAGAAAGCUGUGGAAAAACAAGGAACUCUUAUUGUGCAAGUGUACAGUGAUGAUGACUUAGUCAGCAUUUGAUCUUCCAUGACAAAAUAUGAAAUAUAUAUUUUUGUGUAAUCAUUUCUAUGUGUACAGUCCUUCAGCCAAUGAUGCAAGUGGUUUAUUAUUUUGAUUUUUAUUUUUAUUUGCAAAGGGAUUCAUUGGCUUUCCUUCUGUGUACUAUAUUUAAUUUCUCUGGUGCUUUUUUUAAUACAAUGAAAACAAGAGCUCGUAAUGAUUACGAUUUUGCUAAUAAAGGAGUGUCAUAUUGA